AUGUCGUUCAAGUUCCCUUCGAUAUAUGACUUUCCUCCGUUUUUCACUAAACAGGUACAUAGUCAAACGUUGGAAACACAAAAAUCUCACUGGAUUCAACUGAUACUAGAUUACUGCCGAUACAACAAGAUCUGGAUAUUAUCGUUGAACGGGGAGUCAGGGGACUCAGCGCUGGACCACGUCGAUCCUGAGGACGAAGAUGAUGAUGAUGACGACUACGCAGAAGUGACUAAGCAGUCUCUUUUUACGAAUAACAAGAUCGACAGAAGCUUAAAGAGGCAGAGCAACACUGUGCUGACAUUGUACGAAUUACGAAAAGGUGACUUGGCGAAAACACAAGAAUUCUAUGGAAUCAAUCCAGCGGUCCUAAUAAAGGUUUUGAAUGUAUUAGUCAAGACGGAUAGAGCGCAGAUCAUGAAAGACGAUAAUGGCAAGAUAGCCGGGGUCAAAUUUAGCGAUAAGUAA